CAACUCUCAAUGCCACGCCACCAAGGUCGACAAGGAUGAGGAGAAGGUUCGAAAUCGGCAUCGCAUUCUUUUUCGCACUUUUUCGAGUGAUAUGGACGGGUGACCAUGAACGUAGACUAUAUGCAAAAUUGGCGGAAAACUACAACAAAUUGGCGAGACCUGUUCGAAAUGAAAGUGAAGCUGUAGUAGUUCUUCUUGGGAUGGAUUAUCAACAAAUUUUGGAUAUUGACGAAAAACAUCAAAUAAUGAAUUCAAAUGUUUGGUUACGGAUGUCAUGGACAGAUCAUUACUUGACAUGGGAUCCAUCAGAGUUUGGAAAUAUCAAAGAAGUUCGUUUGCCAAUCAAUAAUAUCUGGAAACCUGAUGUUCUUCUCUACAAUAGUGUUGAUCAACAGUUUGAUAGUACAUGGCCCGUUAAUGCUGUUGUUUUGUACACGGGAAACGUAACGUGGAUUCCUCCAGCCAUCAUUCGAUCAAGUUGUGCUAUUGACAUAGCAUAUUUUCCAUUUGAUACUCAACAUUGUACUAUGAAGUUCGGUUCCUGGACAUAUUCUGGUUUUUUCACUGAUCUCAUUAACACAACAAUAUCUCCAGCCACUUAUAAACCAAAUGGAGAAUGGGAAUUACUUGGCUUAACGUCGCAACGCUCGAUAUUUUUCUAUGAAUGCUGCCCGGAGCCAUAUUAUGAUGUCACGUUUACUGUUUCAAUUAGGAGGAGAACUCUCUAUUAUGGAUUCAACUUAUUGCUCCCAUGUAUGCUCAUUUCCUCACUGGCUUUGUUGAGUUUCACACUUCCAGCUGAUUGUGGAGAGAAACUGAAUUUAGGCGUCACAAUCUUCAUGUCUCUUUGCGUUUUUAUGAUUAUGGUUGCUGAAGCAAUGCCUCAAACAAGUGAUGCACUUCCAUUAAUUCAAAUCUAUUUCUCGUGCAUAAUGUUCCAAGUUGGUGCAUCAGUGGUGGCCACUGUGAUUGCAUUGAACUUUCAUCAUCGAUCACCAGAACAGUACAAGCCUAUGAACAAAUUUUUGAAAACUCUUCUUCUGGGCUGGCUUCCAACACUUCUUGGCAUGGAACGUCCUGAUGUUCUUGAACUUUCUGUACAUGGAGCACAUUAUGCGUCUGACAAUAAAAAAAAACAACGUCAAUACCUAAUAGAAGUGGAGAGACAUAUUCUAACCCGUCCAAAUGGAAAUGGACAUUCAGCAGUUGAUAAAGCAGUGCAUCUUGACUUAUCAACUGGUAAUCCACACUCUGAUGCUAAAAAAUCAUCACCUUCUCCAAAACGAACAAGUGCUUCAAUAAUGGGUAUGACUGGAUUGCCAACAACUCAAAUGAAUGGAGCAUUGGAUUCUUCAAUUAAUAAAUAUACUUGUACAAAAGUUACGCGUCCACUGGAAAACGGUUCAGCAACAAUAAAUCACAAAUCAUCACCUCAAAUAAAUCCAAUCAAUAACAAUAAUAUCUAUAAAUGUGCAAACAACCAAAAGACUCAAUUCGAAGAUCGUCAUUUUCAUCAUAUUCUGAAUGAGCUUCGUGUUAUAUCAGCUCGUGUGAGAAAAGAAGAAGCAAUGCAUGCACUUCAAGCUGAUUGGAUGUUUGCAAGUCGAGUUGUAGAUCGGGUUUGUUUUCUUGCUUUUUCAGCAUUUCUCUUCAUGUGCACUGCUAUUAUUUCUUAUAAUGCCCCGCAUUUAUUUGUAUAAUUUUUUCUAAUUCAAUAGAGUAAGAGUCAAGAAAUUCAUAUCUCUUGUUGCUUCUUUUUAAAUUUUACAUUUAGAGCCAAUUUGUGAUUUUAAGUACAAAUGUAUAUCUUUAUUUCGUCUUUUUAAAAUAACAUAUACAGUUUCAAUUGUUUUUGCUUUGUUGUACAUAUAAACAAUUAUUAAAUUUAUCAGUUUCA